AUGGGUGUCAUCGAAGUUCUCUCGCGCAAGUCCGGUGUUAUCGUCGGUGACGACGUUCUCCGUCUCUUCGAGUACGCCAAGGAGAAGCAGUUCGCUAUCCCCGCCAUCAACGUCACCUCUUCCUCCACCGUUGUUGCCGCCCUCGAGGCUGCCCGUGAUGCUAAGUCCCCCAUCAUCCUGCAGACUUCUCAGGGUGGUGCUGCCUACUUCGCUGGAAAGGGUGUGAGCAACGACGACCAGGCCGCUUCCAUUGCCGGUGCCAUUGCCGCCGCUCACUACAUCCGUGCCGUUGCCCCCGCCUACGGUAUCCCCGUUGUUCUCCACACCGACCACUGCGCCAAGAAGCUCUUGCCCUGGUUGGACGGCAUGAUCGAGGAGGAUGAGCGUCACUUCAAGCUCCACGGAGAGCCCCUCUUCUCCUCCCACAUGAUUGACUUGUCUGAGGAGCCCGUCCAGUGGAACAUUGACACCACCGCUGCCUACCUCAAGCGUGUUGCCCCCAUGAAGCAGUGGAUCGAGAUGGAGAUCGGUAUCACCGGUGGUGAGGAGGAUGGUGUCAACAACGAGGAUGUUGACAACAACUCCCUCUACACCCAACCCGAGGACAUCCUCGCCAUCCACAACGCCCUGCGCAAAAUCAGCCCCUACUUCUCCAUUGCCGCUGGCUUCGGUAACGUCCACGGUGUCUACAAGCCCGGUAACGUCAAGCUGCACCCCGAGUUGCUGUCCAAGCACCAGGCAUACGUCAAGGAGCAGACCAAGGCCGACUCCGACAAGCCCGUCUUCUUCGUCUUCCACGGUGGUUCCGGCUCUUCCAAGGAGGAGUACAAGGAGGCUAUCACCUACGGUGUCGUCAAGGUCAACGUCGACACUGACAUGCAAUUCGCCUACCUCCAGGGUAUCCGUGACUACGUCCUGAACAAGAAGGACUACCUCAUGACCAUGGUCGGUAACCCCGACGGUGCUGACAAGCCUAACAAGAAGGCUUUCGACCCCCGUGUCUGGGUCCGCGAGGGUGAGAAGACCAUGUCUGCUCGUACCAAGGUUGCCCUUGAGGACUUCAACACUGUUGGCCAGUUGUAA